CCGAACCCAAAGUUACUCUUAUAAAAAUUUCCGCAUCCGCUAGGGCUCGACCUGACUCUGUGAUUCAUACGACGAGGGCUAGACCGCCGCCGAUCGUCUCCUGCUCCGAUGGUGAAGUCCGUCGUCGGCGAGGAAACCCGACUGAAGUCCGCCGAGGAUCGGCUCUCUCGAUCCUCAAUUACAACCGAAGUUGGCAUCUUAGUAGGGAAGCUAAGUUCCCAUUUGGAGCGAGGGUUUGUAUAUGAUUUGAUUCCGACUCCGCCCACUGAUGGAGGCAGCCACGCGUGCUCGCUUAAAUCGGAGAGCGGAGGCAGGGAGGACAGGAAGAAGGGAUCGAAAGGUGGGAAAGCCUCGGCGCAGGCGAUUUCUUCUCUUUUGAUCGAUGGGGAGUGGGUGGCUGAACACGCUCGUCAGGUUUCAAGAAUGCUUUUGGGUGGUAUGAGUGUUAUUGGGAUCUACAUUUGGUCCUCGGAGGCCUCCUUCAAGGCCACCUCCGCUUCACUACUUGCCCAGACAAUCAGGGUUGUUGCGCAGGCCAUACCAAGUUUGGAAAGUGAAACAAGUGAAAGGCUUCUCAUUCACAUAUCUUAUAGCCCAAAAAGGUGGGCUUGUCGAAGUUGUGCAGUUGCAUCAGUAGAUUUGCGGCCAUGUGAUUUCAAAAUGAGCAAGCUCUUAGCUCUUCUUCAAACAUAUAGGUGCAUGUACAGUUUUGACAUAAGAAUACCUGUUUUUCAAGAUUUGGCGUCCACAUCAAAUACUUUCAAGAAUGUCCUUUGUAAUGGAAUCUCUCGUCAUGCCAAAGAACUGCUAAGUGCUAGAGCAUUAUUGGAUGGGAAAUUGGUUACUGAAAAUCAACUAGUCAGCUCUGCGGGCACACAUAAUGUUGAGCUGCUUCUACCCUUCAAGAGUGAUGCACAACAGGAAAGUUCAGAUGAUAUUUCUGGUCUGGUAGUGUUUCGGGGAGCUAUAUGUGCUUAUGCAUAUCUUAGUCCAAAAGAGCCUACUUCACAAGCUAUAUCUGAUCUAAAGAAUGAUAUCAUAAACAGCUUGAAAAGCAGGCUAGAUAUUCUUUUAGAUGAGGGAGAAGAUACGAUGGACAUGGCCUCUAAUGAUCUUAGGAAAGCAUGUGGUGAAAUAGUUACCGGAAAGCCCAUCCAUCAACUUCUUUUGCAUGAAUUGAGGAAACCUCUGGUCCUCACCUUUCCUAGAAGAGUUUUGAUUCCGUGGUUAUCUGAUGUCUUCAUAUGUGACUAUCUGCUACCUUCUGAAACUUUUGAGGACUUGAAAGAUCGCUGCCGGGAGUUGUUGUCUAUGGAAACUCCAGUAGAAUCCUCUGCAUUACUAGAACUGGAAACAGAAGUUGCGUCCCCAACAAUGGCUUCAUCAUUCUGGGAUCUGGUUAAUGGAAAUCCCUCAUCAUCCAUUGAAAAAACAAAGAACAGAAGCCAUUCCAUCACGAACAAAUCAUCCAAACAAUCAAAAAAUUUCAACUUCAAUUUUCAAGUUGCCCUCUUCAUCCUUCUGGUGGCUCUUCUCAUCGGUGGUUGUAUUACUGUUUUCAAUCCAGCAAAACUAGUUCACUAACAAUGACUCGCCCAGGCGUUUUCUUCUCUGCUCAAAUUUUACAAUUGUACAGUCUGAUUCGGUGUUGCAUUCCUAUUGUUUUCGGCAUUAAUGAUGUGAUUCGAGUUAAAUUUAUUAUGGAACUUAAAUUUUUAAAUUGUGGCAUUAGAGGCUUUAGUUUC